AUGGCUUCAAAUUUGGUUUCUAGGUACUUCAUGGCUUUCUUACUGCUGAAUCUUUACUUGAAAGUUGUGGGUGCAGACCUAAACUUGUCAUUUUCUUUCGAGAACUUUGGUAGAUACUCAGAAGAAUUUGAAUCACAGAUUGCUCUAUAUGGUGAUGCUAGGGUUGCCAAUGAUAGUAUUCGAAUUUCUGGUUCUGGGAGGGUCAUUUACAAGAAUCCUGUUAAAUUUGUUGAAGAAAACCAAAAAAAUAUGGUGUCUUCUAUGAAUUUUGUGUUUUCCAUGUCUAGUGAAAAUGGGGAUGGCUUGGCCUUUAUUAUAGUUCUUGCUAGUUUUCCUGUGGAUUUUUUUGAUGGUGGCUCAAUGGGGCUUUUGAAGGAGAGAAAAAUGAGGUUUCUUGCUAUUGAAUUUGAUACUUUUAAGGAUGAAAAGUAUGGUGAUGCCAAUGGUAAUCAUGUUGGCAUUGAUAUCGAUAGUCUUGUGUCUGUUAAAGCAUGGAUUGACUAUGAAGCAAAUUCUAAACGAAUUGAGGUGAGGUUAAGUAAGUUAGGCAUCGUUAAGCCAGUUGAGCCAUUGCUUUCUUAUCCUAUUGACUUGUCACAGAUGUGGGGAAAGGAGGAUGCUUUAGUGGGAUUGAGUUCAUCGAGUGGGAAUUCAUCAAAAAAACGUCCUGUGGUGUCGGAGGAAUAUGCUGUGAAGCCAAAGGAAUAUGCUUUGCAGCCAAAGGAAUUUGAGUACAAAAAGUUCAAUGUUGCUGUAGAUAAGACAAUGGAUGAUGGUAAGUAG